UGAGAAAGCAAAAAUACAAAUAUGAUGUGUAUGAUGUGCGAAUGUCUUCUGAUCUCGAGAUGCUUAUCAAUGCUGUUAUUUGUGGUGUUGGAAUCGGAAAGGGACCCCUACAAGCACCGAAGCAAACAUGAAAGAUCACGACCCAGAGAUCCACCUAGCCAACGUCACCACUUUUCCCUCUCUCUCUUUCGUCCCAUGUCGUUCCCUAGCAUCAGCCUUUGCUGGACAUGCUUCCCACCUGUCAAACAUGAUUCACAAAUCACCUGCAUCCAGACCUCGUAUUUGCCUUGUAAGCAGAUCUGAGAACGGGAGGCCCUCAGUGGGAAGAGGAGGAGCAUCA